CUGUUGACGCCAAUCGAACUUCCGUUUGUGGUCCUUCCUCCUCACUCAUCUAGAAGCAGGCUGCAGGCCCCUGAAAGUUCCGUUCAUCGCCAUUAAAUGCCUCCAGGUCCCUCGUAAGAGAGGAAGCAUCGAGCUUUCAUCUUCACUGUGUGUUGUGAUUACUGGAGUCAGAAGAACAAUCAAGAAAUGUCAGGCCCAGAGUGUUGCUCAAACCCUCCAACCCUCAACCCAGCUGCUGGAGCUGGCCAUGUUCAGAAAGUUGGUGGCAUAGAUACUUAUGUCACUGGCACCGCCGACUCCAAGCUUGCCGUUCUUCUGAUUGCUGAUGUUUUUGGUUAUGAAGCACCAAAUUUGAGGAAGCUUGCGGACAAGGUUGCUGCUGCAGGGUAUUAUGUAGUUGUUCCUGAUUUCUUCCACGGUGAUCCUUUUGUUCCUGAGAAAGCUGACAGGCCAUUAUCUGUUUGGAUAAAAGAUCAUGCACCGGAGAAAGGCAUUGAAGUUGCUAAACCUGUAAUUGAAGCCUUAAAAAUUGAAGGUGUUUCAGCAAUUGGGGCUGCUGGUUUUUGCUGGGGUGCCAAGGCUGUGGUUGAAGUUGCAAGACACGGACUUCUCAAUGUUGCUGUGCUAUUACAUCCAUCAUUUGUCACUGUCGAGGACAUCAAGAGUGUUGAAAUUCCAAUUACUAUACUCGGAGCUGAGCUUGACAAAAUUUCUCCUCCAGAACUUGUUAAACAGUUCGAACAAAUCCUAUCUGCUAAGCCUGCGGUUCCUAGUUUUGUGAAAAUAUUUCCUCAAGUUGCGCACGGUUGGACUGUGAGGUACAACACUGAAGAUGCUAAAGCAGUGUCGGCAGCCGAAGAGGCGCAUCAGGACUUGUUGAACUGGUUUGCCAAGCACCUAAAGUGAGAAAUCCUGUUCUGCGCAAAUCUUCUAUGGGUAUUAUAUCGCACAUUAGAGUAGAAGACAUAUAUCAGUAUUCAAUCCACAUGCAUGUAACUACAUAAUACAUGUAGAUGUCCUUUGAUGUUGCUGCUGAUUUGUUGGAGCAGCAAGUCAUGUGCAUUGUGUCAGAGCAUAGUACUAGUUGUCGGGAAAUAAAUGAUGGGGUGUCACUUGGACUUGAAUCCCACUGCUAGGUUGAAUGGAACAAUAAUUCUUUCUGUAAUUGGAGCUUGUGACGUUUUCAUUUGAGAUAUCAAUCUAUCAUAUUUUAAGGUGUUGUUUUAAAAAUCUAAUAUGCUGCUUCUGUCAAUGUAACUUUUGACGUUGUGUAAUUUGAAUUCUCAAAGUCUUAAAUUCUCCA